AUGGAAAUAAUUUGUUCGAUUAGAGCAAAAGGAUUAGUCGAUGGUCAUGAUAUACGAACUUUGAAUUUAUCAUGGUUACGAGCACAAAUUGGUCUUAUUAGUCAAGAACCAGCUCUUAUGUUGGGUCUUACUAUUGUCGAAAAUAUGUCAUAUGGCUAUGGCUGUUUACCACAUACAUUUACUUAUGGAGAUAUCAUUAAUGCAGGUUAUGAUACACCUGUAGGAUUGAAUGGAACUUCAUUUUUAUCUGGAGGCCAAAAACAGCGUAUUGCUAUUGCACGAGCUCUUUUUCGUAAUCCAGAAAUUCUAUUACUUGAUGAAGCAACGAGUGCGUUGGAUGUACAUAAUGAAAAGCUUGUUGAAGAAUCGUUGAAUGCUGCACGGCAAGAUAAUCCAUCACGAACUGUUAUUAUUGUUGCACAUCGUCUUUCUACUAUUCAAUCAUGUGAUCUUAUUUGUGUUCUUGGUCCUAUUGGACGAUUACUGGAAAGCGGUACACAUGCAGAAUUAAUGGCACAUGGCGCUGCUUAUCGUAGAUUUGUACUUGAUCAUAUAUGUAAGAAUUUGGCAUAA